CGUGUCGGUGUCAGGGGGGAAGGCGACCCACUGCAGGCGACAGCCACCGAUCUCUCCAUCGUUCGCAGCGAACGAGUGCCUAAACGAUCGCCCAUAAAUGGUGAUUCCCAGGCUGCUUCUGGGAUCGCUCAACUCGUCCCCGCUUCGUUCCCAGUGCUACCCCCUCUCGCGCCUCGCGUCGAGCAGCUUCCGAGCAUUCGCCACUAAGUUAUCCCCGCCGUCAAAGGCCAUCGUCUACGAGCAGCACGGGCCGCCGGAUAAAGUCACCAGGUUGAUUGAUCUACCACCAGUGGAACUGAAAGCAAAUGAUGUGUGUGUCAAGAUGCUCGCGGCUCCAAUCAAUCCUUCGGACAUCAAUAGGAUAGAAGGUGUUUACCCUGUUAGGCCUCCAGUACCUGCAAUUGGUGGAUAUGAGGGGGUUGGGGAAGUGUACUCAAUUGGAUCUGGAGUGAGUAACCUCUCAGUGGGUGAUUGGGUCAUACCAUCUCCUCCAUCCUUUGGAACAUGGCAGACUUAUGUUGUGAAAGAAGAGAAUGAUUGGCACAACAUAGAUAAGGGUGUUCCUAUGGAGUAUGCUGCCACUGUUACUGUAAAUCCUUUGUCUGCUUUGCGUAUGCUAGAAGAUUUCAUUAAGCUAACCCCUGGUGAUACAAUUGUGCAAAAUGGUGCUACUAGUAUUGUGGGACAAUGCAUCAUUCAGCUUGCUAAAAACCAGGGUGUUCAUAGUGUGAAUAUUGUGAGAGACAGAGUUGGAGCAGAGGAAAUUAAAGAAAAACUUCAGAAUCUUGGGGCAGAUAAGGUUUUCACUGAAAGCCAAUUAGAAGUGAAGAAUGUUAAGAGUCUCCUGGGUGAUUUGCCAGAACCUGCCUUAGGAUUCAAUUGUGUAGGGGGAAAUGCUGCCUCACUGGUCCUGAAGUUCUUGAGGCAUGGAGGCACUAUGGUAACUUAUGGAGGCAUGUCAAAGAAACCUGUUUUUGUUUCUACUUCAUCAUUCAUUUUUAAGGAUCUUUCCCUGCGGGGAUUCUGGUUACAGAAGUGGAUGAAUUCAGAGAAUGCAAAAGAAUGUAGAACAAUGAUCGACUACAUUUUGCGCUUGGUGAAGAGUGGCAGUUUCAAAUACGAAAUGGAGCUGGUUCCUUUUGACGAUUUCAAUGUUGCCUUGGACAAGGCACUUGGGAAAUUAGGCAGCCAUCCCAAACAAGUUAUCAAGUUCUAAUUUUCAGAAUGCAAACAAGUUCCUCUAUUUCAGCGCUCCAAGUGUUAGUCAGAACACUAAGCAUCUUGAUAUUUCACCACUUCUGAAGUUGAAAACGUUGUAGCAUCAAUAUUCAAGGUUGUUUCAAUUCUAAUCUAAAUUUUUAUUGUUCUUAA